UAAUUUCUAUUUACGAAUAAAAGAUAAUUUCUUAUUUUGUAUGUAUUUUAAUUUUACAUUCGAUCUGAUCACCGGUCACUAAAGCCCGGUGUCCACGAUGCUAGAAAUCGGUCCGAGUUCUCGGUCCCAGAUCUCGGACAAUAAUGUUUACACUCGAACAAACAUAGAUAGCGCUGUAAUCGAGUUACGAUUCUAAUUUCAAUCUGUGUCAUAUGUACCAACAUGAACGCCAAAUCGAACAAAAUACUAAGUUCUAACCUUAAAAAGAAAUUGUAAAUGCUUCGUUUGUAUAGUUUGUGUAUAGUGUGAUUCUAUUCUGAAACAAAAUUUAAUACAAUACGAAAUCUUCGAAAAAUUAUAUUAAAAUUGUGUACUCAUAUUUUGUCUGCUACAAUGUCUGUUAAAUUGAAGCAAUUAAUCGCAAUUGCUUCACUAGUUGAAAUUGUGGAGGAAGAAGAAAAGGAUACAAUAAAGAAAGUACGAGAAAAAAAACGUCGUCGAAUAUGGACACGGGAAUGGAUAUCCCAAAGAAAUCGCGAAUUACGAGGCACAAUUAAUUUAGCUCAUAUAGAGCUGAGAAAUGAGGAUGCUGAUUAUUUUCAAAGAUUUUUUAGAUUGCGACAUGAUUUAUUUGAUCGACUUCUGGAACUAGUAACACCUUAUAUACAACGUCAAAAUACUAAUAUGAGAGAAUGUAUAUCUCCUAAGGAACGAUUGUCACUAACUCUGAGAUUUUUGGCUACUGGUGAGAGUUAUAGAAGUUUAGAAUAUUCAACAAGAAUUCCAGCAUGUACAAUUUCUCGAAUAAUUCCUGAGACAUGUCGUGUUAUAUAUGAAGUUCUUCGAGACGAUUACUUGCGGAUACCAACUACAACUGCUGAAUGGGAAGAAAUAGCAAAUAAGUAUCUUGAAAUGUGGAACGUUCCAAAUUGCAUUGGUUCCCUCGACGGUCGACAUAUAGAAUUUAAAGUACCACUUCAAGAUGGAUCAUUUUAUCGAAAUUAUGAGGGAACGAACAGUAUUGUUCUCUUAGGAUUAGUCAAUGCCCAUUAUCAAUUCAUGUAUAUCAAUGUCGGUGUUAAUGGUAGGGUAAGCGAUGGAGGGGUGUUUCGUGACAGUGACUUAUCGCAAUUUAUAAAUGAUCCACAAAAUACACUUAAUGUGCCUAGAGAUAAACCAUUACCUGGUAUGAAUGAACCUGUUCCUUAUGUCAUUUUAGCUGACGCUGCCUUUCCGUUACAAAAUCAUAUAUUAAAGCCUUAUCCAUCACGAAAUUUAUCGUAUGAUGAGCGAAUAUAUAACUAUAGAUUAAGUAGAGGUAAAAGAAUCGUCGAAAAUGCGUUCGGUAUUUUAGCAAACAGAUUUCGCGUUCUUUUAACACAAAUUUACCUUCCUGUUAGGACAGUUCAACAAAUAACUCUUGCAUGUUGUGCUUUACACAAUUAUCUUUCUAAAGAAAAUGCUAUUUACUUACUUGGAGCUGUAGACUUUGAAAAUGUAGAAGAUCGAGCUGUACUACAUGCUCCAUGGAGAAAUGAUAACGUACAGUUACGCAAUUUAGAAAUUAUUAAUGUAAGACCUAACAGAAAUGUAAUGCAUAUUCGUAACGUUUUUAAAGAAUAUUUCAACAGCGUUGGGAGAGUGGAAUGGCAAGAUUUUAUGGUUUAACUUUCUAUCAAAUUUUUAUAUAUGUACUGCUGUUUAUUAUAAAUGUAUUAUAUAUGUAUUGCUUAAACUUUUUAUGCAUAUAUUAAUAAAUAUAUAAUCUUACAUAAUUAAAUGUAUUAAUAUUUUUUAUUAUAACAGAUACAUAACAAAGAUAAAUUAAACGCCUCACCAUUCUUCUUCUUUUCGUCUCGAGAACUCUCUAAUGCUUUAAAUUAAUCAUACUUUUGUACCGAUGCUGCAGAAAACAAUAUAUAGGAAUUCGUGAUGCUUAAAACUAAGAUAAUACUCUUUUUCAUAAAUAUAAAAAUAAAAUUUUAAAUAUAUGACAAACGUACAUUAGAUACAUCUUUCUCUAACGUCAACGCACAAAAAUCAAGCCAUAUCGUUCAUUUUGUCUCUGUAUAUAUUAAUCACUAUCUUUGGCAUACGCGUAUCGACAUCAAUAAAGAAAUUAAAUGAAGAACAAAACAAUCUUUAAUGGUUUAACCAUACUUUUGCACCGUUGCUGCAAAAAAACUACGUAACGAAGAAUUCACAAUGCUCAUAAUUAGGUAACGAAUCGCUCUCUUUCAUGAAUAUAAAAAUAAAAUUUUACAUACAUAACAAACUUAUAUUAGAUGCAUCCUUCUUAAACGCAAAAAUCAAGCCAGAUCGUUCAUCCCGUCUCUGUAUAUAUUAAUCACUAUCUUUGGCAUACGCGUAUCGACAUCAAUAAAGAAAUUAAAUGAAGAACAAAACAAUCUUUACUGCUUUAACCAUACUUUUGCACCGUUGCUACAAAAGAACUACGUAACGAAGAAUUCACAAUGCUCAUAAUUAGGUAACGAAUCGCUCUCUUUCAUGAAUAUAAAAAUAAAAUUUUACAUACAUACCAAACUUAUAUUAGAUGCAUCCUUCUCAAACGCA